AUGUUUGAACGUUUGACAAGACAUCAGCGAUUAAAUAUAAUUUGUCAAAUAGCUAUAGCUCAAUAUUUAAAUAUGAAAAUGAUAUUACCAAAAACCAUUUGCAUUCCAAAACAACAUACAUCAACAUUUUUCUUUCCAACAUCAUCAUCUCGUCGUUCUGUAUUAACUGAAAGUAUAUUGAACACACAUUUAUUAAAAAAACACUUAAAUAUUGUUUCUACUCAAAGCACUGAUCUUCUUUCUUCAAAUUUAAUUGUUCAAUACAAUAUCAAAAAUAUACCAGUUUUGAAAAAUAAUUCCUACAGGUAUUGGUAUGACUUAUGCCGAUCAAAAGUUUAUAAUAAAACAGAAAUAUCAAAGAUAUUUCGAAAAUAUCAAUAUCCGCAAUAUUUAAUUGAUAUAUCGAAUAAAAUAAUUAAACAAAUUCAACAACGAUCACCAUAUACAUCUAUACAUGUUCGUAGAGGAGACAAAGUUAAUAAAAAGCUUAAUUAUUGUACACAUCCAGAAAUGAUACGAAAAAAACUAAAUUUUAUGAAUAUAACGAACGGUACAAUUUAUAUAGCAACAAAUGAAUAUAAAUCAAAUUAUUUUACUCAGUUGAAUCAAUGGUAUAAUGUUUACACAAUAAAAGAUUUUGAAUCGUUGAUAUUUGAUAAAGCAACAAAACAAAAUUCAUAUGCCCUUUUAAUUAUUGAUGAAUUAGUUAUUAAUAACAGUAAAAUAAAAAUCUCAACGUUUAAAGAACCAAAUGUGGAUGCUUUUUUAUGUAGUUAA